AAUGCUGCGAACGGCAGCACUUUGAUUCACAUUUAAUAGCGUUAAUAUCCACGUCGGACGUCGCUGCCGACUCGACUGCAAUCCAUCAUUAUAGCAGCUGCUGGUGACGCGUUUCGCGCAUAAAGCAUUAUAAAAAACUUUUGUACGGUAUAUUCGCGGGAUCGAUAAAAUACAUUUCCGUGACUUUACUGCAACGAACGUCUUAUUUGUCGGGCAGUGAAGGAGAGCGAUCGUGAGUGAGGGACGUCUAUGGAUACGGCUAACGUAGACGGAGGAAAGCCAAACCAGUACUUUUUGGAGGAUUGGUUAUAAGUGUACGGAUAUAGGCCAAUUAUUUUAUUGGGGAGAUCAUGACGUCCACGGGGAAGAAACAGCGGCUUAAGGAGGAUCAGCACUCGCCGGUGGAGAUUACGCCACUGAAAAACGAUAUCCUCAAACAGGCCAAUGGACUGAAUUUCCAACUCAGUAAUACCGCAGUCGAUGAUAAAGCAGUGCUGGCCCAACAGCUGGAUGUGGUGGAGAAUGGAGGGUCACCGGGUGAGGAUGACCGCGAAGGGUGGGACAGCAAAGUGCAGUUUCUGCUGAGUGUUAUCGCCUAUGCAGUGGGUUUGGGAAAUGUUUGGAGAUUUCCGUACCUCUGUCAACAGAAUGGAGGAGGCGCUUUUCUGAUACCUUAUUUCAUCAUGCUCGCUAUCGAGGGAAUUCCGUUGUGCGUUUUGGAACUGGGCAUCGGGCAGCGUCUGCGGUUGGGCAGUAUCGGUGUAUGGAACAAAAUCCAUCCGUACUUGGGUGGGCUGGGCAUAGCCAGUGCGAUCGUGGCCUUCCUUGUUGGAAUGUACUACACCAGUAUUAUCGGCUGGUGUUUCUUCUAUUUCCUCAGUUCUUUCCGUACGGAUCUCCAGUGGGCGGAGUGCCCAGUGGUACCCGGUACCAAUAACACCAUCGAGCCGGAAUGCGAACGAACGUCUCCGACAUCGUACUUUUGGUACCGCCAGGCACUGAAUAUCACCAACGGGAUCGACGACUUUGGAGGAAUACAAUGGAAGUUGGUGGGAACGCUAGCCUUAUCCUGGAUCACGAUAUGGGCGUGUAUGGCGAGGGGAAUCGAAAAUUCUGGCAAGAUCAUGUACUUUACUGCCGGAUUUCCGUAUUUGGUCUUACUAAUCUUUUUCGGGCGCGCCAUUACGUUGAAAGGGGCAUCGCAAGGAAUUAUGCAUUUGGUCACCCCGCAAAUGGAUAAGCUGCAGGAUCCCAUCGUGUGGCUGGAUGCUGCCACGCAGAUAUUUUACAGUCUUGGACUGGGAUUUGGCUCUCUUAUUGCUUUUGGUUCAUACAAUCCGACCAAAAACAACUUUGUUAAAGAUGCGGUGGUUGUUUCGCUGACCAAUGCCUUUACUGGGAUAUUUGCUAGUUUUGUUGUGUUUGCUGUGUUGGGAUUCAAAGCUGCAUUAUCCGUUGAAAACUGUGCUUGCCGAUUUCUUUCCGAUAUUGGACCAUCGCUGACGAUGACCCCGUGGCCAGCCGUCGAGUACCAGAACAUAAUUAGCACUUCAGAUUUGUGUGUCGAAUACUACCAUCUGUUAGAAUCGAAUCCAGCUACCUACGGAAUUUCCAAAGAUUCAUUUACAAAUGCUACAUGCAAACAAAAGUUUCUGAAUGAGGCUUCUGAAGGAACGGGCUUAGCGUUCAUCGUCUUUACAGAAGUAAUGGUCCAGCUACCCGGUGGCCCUUUCUGGUCAGUGAUAUUUUUUAUGAUGCUGCUGGCUCUGGGCAUGGGCUCCAUGUUCGGCAACGUUGCCGGUAUCCAGGCCAGUAUUGAGGAUCUCAAACUGCUUCCGUGGAUGAGAAGAGAAGUCAAAUCAGCCAUCAGUUGCGCGAUCUCUUUUCUAAUUGGACUGAUAUUUGUAAGCCGAGCCGGUAUGUAUUGGAUCGGAUUGUUUGACAGUUUUGUCGGAUCCUUUUCGCUGCUUAUUAUUGCUUUAUUGGAAAUGAUUGGAGUUUGUUGGAUUUUUAAAUACUCAAGAUUUGCUGCUGACGUAAAGGAUAUGACCGGUCAAGCACUAAGUUGGUAUUGGUCCGUAACCCUUCGAUUCAUCGCCCCGGCAUUGAUAAUUGUCGUGCUUGGAGCAUCUAUUGCCAUGCGUUUUAUAAACGGCGUUUCGUAUUUGGUAUACAGUCCGGAAGAUGGCUUAAUGCACUCCACGGCGUACCCCACGUGGGCACAGUGCAUGUGCGCCCUACUGGUCAUCGUGGGCGUAGGUCCGAUUGUGCUCGUGGCACUCUUCCGGAUGACUGGACUGAUCAAGUACGAGCCAGAUCCCAGUCUAGUCAAUGCCGGCUUCAACACGUCAGCUUCCACAACCAUGUUUGUGCGCAGUGGACUAGAUGACCUUGACAAUGAGCCUCGGACGUAUGGGACUUACUUGUUUCCCACAACAACAGGCACUGCGGACCAGCUUCACUAGAUUAACAACUGCAAGCGCUUUUUUUCACAAUUCACUGCGAUAAACAAAGUAUAAUUAAUUGGAGCGAAGUUAUGCAAAGAUUUGG